GGGUGGACGCUCGCGUUUCGUAGCUGUGGGGGUUUUAUGGAGUGAGGGGGAGAAGAAGGUAGGUGAACUUUAGCUUAGGGGUGUGCGAGUGAGGUGGGGGGGGGGGGGCGUCCGGGUGCAUGAGAAGGAGUCCCGCCUGCCUUGGAGGAGCUGCUCAAGAGGGUCAGUUUUCUCGGAGAUCCCCCCGCCCAGAACUACUCCUGAAGUGAAAAAGGCCACCUCUUCAUUUCCUCAUCCUAAUUUUCGGGGAAAAAAGGAAGAAAAAAAAGAUCGGAAGCUUGGAUUGGUGUCGGUAUUCCUUCAGCCCAGGACUGGGGUGGCUCUGUGCAAUAAAAAGAACUCUGUGUGGCAGGAAGGCUGUUUGAAUGGGAAAGGAAGGUUACAUGGAUUCAUAUUACAAAAAAAAAAAUUUUUUUCCCCUGAGCCUUCCUUGUGGGAAGAAGCUAGCCUUUCCCUUUUCCCCGUGAACGGAUUAGGUAACAACAACAACAAAAAAAGCGCUCUUGGGGAACAUUGAAUGAAGGAGGUUUUUUUUUUUUUGCUCCUCCGAUUUGAGGCACCCUCCUACUUGGACGUGAAAAAACGGGAGAGGAGACCGACCUUCAGGACGCCUUCCAAAAUGCUGCCUCUUAAGGCUUAGUCUGCAAAAAAAAAAAGAGAGAGAGAGAGAGAGACUCCCAGGCUCUCCUUUGCAGCAGAGAAGUGAUUUCAGGUGCUCUGUUGGGAGGAAAUAGGGUUUCCCCCCCUUCAUUGCCGACAAGUUCUUUUCUAGGUGGCAUCCGGGAUAUAAAAUGGACUAGAGGCCUAACCUUUGGAAUAAAAUCUGACAUAAAAGGGGUUGACACCCUGCCCAUCUUUGGAUUGCUUCCUUGUGCCCUGGCUGCUGCUUUCAUGUCUUCUGAGAUGUCGGAGCUCAGGCGGCGAGGAGCCGCCGGUGGAGAAGCUGGUGGAGAUCAUGAAAGAGAAAGUGCGGGUGACAAGGAUGUAGACGAAGAUGAAAAACUUGGAGAACUGGACCUCAGAACUGAUUUAGAAGUUCCUGAAGUUGUCCCAGCAACAGACAGCACUCCAGAAAUUUUUAAAAAGGCUCUUUCUGGCUUAUCUUCCAGAUGGAAGAACUGGUGGAUUCGUGGAAUUUUAACUUUAGCAAUGAUUUCAGGUUUCUCCCUCAUUAUAUACAUGGGUUCAUUUAUGCUGAUGCUGCUUGUCUUAAGCAUACAAGUCAAGUGCUUCCAUGAAAUCAUCACUAUAGGUUACAGAGUAUAUCGAUCUUAUGACCUACCAUGGUUUAGAACAUUAAGCUGGUACUUCUUGUUAUGCGUGAACUAUUUCUUUUAUGGUGAGACAGUAGCAGACUACUUUGCUACUUUUGUUCAGAGACGAGAACAACUUCAGUUCCUAAUUCGCUACCACCGAUUUAUAUCUUUUACACUUUAUCUGGCAGGGUUUUGUAUGUUUGUAUUGAGUUUGGUGAAGAGACAUUAUCGCUUACAGUUUUAUAUGUUCGCAUGGACUCAUGUCACUUUGCUGAUCACUGUAACUCAGUCUCAUCUUGUCAUCCAAAAUCUGUUUGAAGGCAUGAUAUGGUUUCUUGUUCCAAUCUCAAGUGUCAUUUGCAAUGAUAUUGCUGCUUAUAUAUGUGGAUUCUUCUUUGGCAGAACACCAUUAAUUAAGCUCUCUCCCAAAAAGACCUGGGAAGGCUUCAUUGGUGGCUUCUUUAUCACAGUUAUAUUUGGAUUUAUUGUUGCUCAUCUUUUGGCACAGCACCAGUACUUUGUAUGUCCUGUGGAAUACAACAGUGAAACUAACAGGUUUGUCACAGAAUGUGAACCAUCAGAACUUUUCCAGCUAAAGAAGUACUCCUUACCACCAUUGCUUCAAGUUAUUCUGAGAAAGGAAACUGUGACAUUGUACCCAUUCCAGAUGCACAGCUUUGCACUGUCAACAUUUGCAUCUUUAAUUGGGCCAUUUGGAGGUUUUUUUGCUAGUGGAUUCAAAAGAGCUUUCAAAAUCAAGGAUUUUGCUGACACCAUUCCUGGCCAUGGUGGAAUAAUGGAUCGUUUUGACUGUCAGUACUUGAUGGCUACUUUUGUACACGUCUACAUUACCAGUUUCAUAAGAGGCCCGAAUCCCAGCAAAUUGCUGAAACAGCUGUUGGUACUCCAGCCAGAGGAGCAAUUAAACAUUUAUAAAACUUUGAAAUCACACCUCAUUGAGAAAGGAUUCCUCCAACCAUCACUGAGAGGCUAGGAGGACUGAACGAGGGACGACAAAGUGAAGCCCAGCCGGGAAUGCAGUUAUGCUUCUGCGGAGAGAGGUGUGUGGGAAUCAAGCCAGCCUGUGUCCAAAGAUAUGACUGUUUACGGGGAAUACUGUGAACGCCCAGGAUGCCAUGCAAGAUUUUAAGUUUCUUUUUAACAACUGCAUGUUUUUCAAAUAAUUUAUAUUCUUGAAUUAAUGGUAUGAGACUUCUUGCUUUGGUUUUAACUGUUCUGAGCAACGAUGCACCUACUCCUAGUAAAUAAAAGUUAAAGAAACAAUUAGGGUAUGCAGUUUAUU